CAACGUUUUCCUCACAGCCUCGCAGGUCACACACACCCUUGAGACCGGCCACGACUGCUGCGACGACAACAUCCACAUGAGCGAUCUUAGCUUCAAAGAGAAGAUUGGGAAGAGCUUCUCCUUCCUCUCGGUCCUCAGCAAGAAGAACAAGGCGCAGCCGCAUACCUUUACUGACACGUAUACCGACCCGGUCAAGGUUGAGCCUACGCGGCACAUCGACUCGCAUCCGCCGUACCACCACGACCCUUUUGAAUCUCAAGCUUAUCACCAACAACACCAGCAUCAGCAAGAUCAUCAUAUCCCGCCACAGCAGCAACUGCACCACCAGCAUCACACUCCGCCGCCACUACCACCCAUGCAUCCGUACAUGUCCUCGGUCCACGAACGCACCAACGUCGACGACCUGCUCUGCACGCCAACCCCCGAAAACCGGUUCCCCACCCCCACGGCAGCGUUCCCCACACCAGACGCGCGCUUCCCGACGCCGACCCCGGACAUCAAGUACCCGUCACCAUUCGACUUUACCCGAGAUCGCCCCACCCCCGUCGAAAAGAUGGAGGACUUGCAGCAACUGCAAGAAGCGUUGCUCCCGUCUCCAUUUGACUACCUUCGCAACCAGCAGCACCAGCAACAACACCUCCACAACCCAUACCUGAACAACCCCCACACGUCGCCGUUCUACCCGGCGUCAUCCCAGCCACACCACCAUUCGUACGACCCAUCUACACAGCAACAUGGCGCCUUCCGUUCCCAAAAGGACAAGCAAGUGGUCGACGAAAUCAACACGCUGUGUCGUGACUUGGUUACCCAUGGCCUCCAGACCAAGGAAGCUGCGGCGGCGGCGGCAACUUCUCGACGGAACGAAGGCCCCCCCGCCGCCACGUUGGAUGUGAUCAAACCAGAACCUGCGCACCAGCUGCACGACUACGGGCAUGUCGUCGAGUCAGGGUACACGUCCGGGGGCGGGCGCAGCUACGAUUCGGACUCGAGCAGCUGCGAUAUCAAGCGAGACCCCACCAGCACUUCGAACAAGCAGUAUCGCCGCAAGAACUGCUCCAUGGACGGCUGCAACAACCUAUCUCGGUCCAAGGGCCUGUGCAAGGCCCACGGCGGCGGCCGGCGGUGUUCGGUGCAGGGGUGCACACGGGCGAGCCAAAGCAGCAGCUUGUGCAUCGCCCACGGCGGCGGCAAGCGGUGUACAGUCGACGGAUGCACCAAGGCCGCGCAGUCCCGGGGCAUGUGCAAAGCCCACGGCGGCGGCGUCCGGUGCCGCGUGGAAGGCUGCACUAAGAGCAGUCAAGGCGAUGGCUACUGUCGGUCGCAUGGAGGCGGACGGCGAUGUGGACAUGCGAGCGGGUGUCUGAAGUGGGCGCAGCGGAACGGCAUGUGCAUGACACACAGCGAGGGCAAGUACGGCAACAGCUACCGCGGCCGGCUUCAGCGUCAGGCGGGGGACACCAUGAGCGACACGGACAUGAUGGACGAGUGAGAAACGCGAGUUUGUCCAAUGGUCGAAAUAAACUUAUGUACAUAGUAGUAGUAGGUUUGUCUAGCAGUAAGUAGGAGCACUGGAGUCGUCGUUGGGGUAACUAGUACUGACACGGUGGUGGUGGGGGAUGCAGUGUAAACCCGCCUUGUGUGGGGGAUUGAUUGGUUAGGGUUGGAUGUGGCAAGGAGGGAUACUAGGAGAUGUAUGGCCACAGGGCAAACUGCUGGGACCCAGUGUAGGUUGGGCAGACCAAGUUGAAAGCGGCGGCGAGACCCCUACCACAGACAUGGUUAGUUGUAAACCAUAACUACAUGUAUCAAACAGACG